AUGGAAUGUAUUGGUGUUGCAUCCCGUGGAAUAGUUCAUGAAGUGCUCACAAGAUAUAACUAUCAGCAAUGGAAAACUCUAAUGAAAAGCUAUCUGAGGGGGGAAAAUUUGUGGGAAGUUGUGGUGAAUGGUUAUGCUUCGACACCCAUUGAUGCACAAAGAGACGCAAAGGCUCUGCAUAUUAUUCAACUAUCAUGUGCACCAAUAAUUUUCGAACAAAUUAAACACCUCCAAACCGCCCACGAAGCUUGGAAUCACUUGGCCGAAGUUUGCAGAUCUGAAGUCCAACCGCAUAUUCGACACGGUGUUGUAUCUGACAACGUUAGUGAGCACAAAGAUUUAUACAAGUUUGUGAAAAACGGUGAUUGGGAAGGCACGAGCUCAUACUUGAGGGAUCAACCGAAUGCCAUAUUUUGGGCUCCGCCUUCAGGUAGGACGGUUCUUCAUGUUGCAACAAUAGAAGGACAUAUGAAAAUUGUGGAGUGGUUAGUGUACUUAGGGAAGAAGCAAUUAGUAGAAAUGCAGGAUGAGGAUGGUAAUACUGCUCUUGCUCUUGCUGCUGGUUACACGGGAAACGUUAAUAUAGCAAGAUAUUUUGUAAAUGUGGAAGGUGGCUUAGAAUUGCUUGCUAUAGAGAACAAAGAGGGUGAGAUCCCUCUUCUUCUGGCUGCUAAUUCAGGACGCAAAAGAAUGACUCGUUACCUUCACUUUAGAACUUCUUUCGAUGUCAUUGAUAAGCAGUCUUCUGACAAUCGAGUUUUGCUUCUGGAACGAUGCAUCCAAGCGCAUAUAUUUGAUGUAGCUUUGGGAUUGCUUAAAUCUUACGGGGAACUGCCCAUUCAAUCCUUACGCGUCUUGCAAGAAUUGGCUCGAGUGCCUUCUGAAUAUUCACAGGCCAGCCGUUGGCAGACAAUAGUUUACAGUUUGAAAACUGGUACUUUAGUCGAUUUGAUUUUGACAAUUAUGCACAUGUUUGGAAAGUUGGUGGUUUCAGAAUCGACAACGGAUCUAUAUGAACUGAAUACAAAGAAUACAGAGAAUACAGAGAGUAUAUAUAUAUUUCCACACAAGCUUGAAUUUCCAGAAAUAUUAAGGUAUUAUAAAGAUAUUGUUUCGAAGUUUAAUAGUUCAGAACUCCGGGAUGCUUUGGUGUAUGAUGCCAUGUUGGAAGCAGCAAAGCAUGGAAAUGUUGAGUUCAUAAAUGCUAUGAGGGAGGCUAACCAUGACCUCUUAUGGGCAAUGGACGAUCAUGGAAGAGACAUAUUUUCGUAUGCAGUUCUUCAUCGCAAAUACAAUGUGUUCCAACUCAUGAGUUCUCUCUGUGGAAAUAAGGAUAUAAUUAACUAUACAACAGACAUGCUUGGCAAUAACCUAUUGCACUUGGCUGCACGUUUAGGACCUUUGUCUGAUCUGAAUCUCAGACCCGGUGCUGCUCUGCAAAUGCAAAGAGAAAUUCAAUGGUUUAAGGCGGUGGUGGAAGUUGUGCAUAUCAAAUGCAGAGAAGCCAAAAAUGAUGAGGGUAAGAAGCCUGAAGAGAUAUUUAUUGAAACGCACAAGGAGCUGAUGAAAGAUGGAGAAAAAUGGGCAAAGGAAACAGCUGCGACAUUUGCAAUUGUGGGUGGUCUCGUUAUAACUGUGAUGUUCGCUGCAAUCUUCACUGUCCCAGGGGGUCUCCUUCAAGAUACUGGAAUGCCGAUUCUGAUAAAGCAAAAACGGUUUACUGUGUUUAUUGUAGCUGAUGUAAUCUCUCUCUUGGCGUCUAUCAUUACAGUAUUGAUAUACAUUGACCUGCAAACAUCGCGUUAUGCUCCGACAGACUUCCUAAAAAGAUUGCCCAUCAAGAUAAUGUCAGGGCUUGGGUUCCUUUCCCUGUCUCUAGUGUCCAUGAUGAUUGCCUACUGUGCUGCGCUUGGAAUAGUUCUACAAAAAUCAAGCUUGUACAAGCACUUCUAUGUAGGAAUCGUCGUAUUGGCAUGCGUUCUCUUCAUUUUACUCGUACCCUUACAGCUCAUAUCUCAAAUUGUCAAUUUUACAACAGUAAAUCCCAUUAACGGUCGCCAGGAAACCUUCAUCCGAAGAGUUUUUCGUUAUUCUCGCGUAUUUGUCAAGAUGUUAGUGUAUUAUAUAUGUGACCCAUUGUCAAAUUUUUUUUUUAAAUUUGUUGUUAAAAUAUCAGGAUCCUAAUGUAUUAUAUAUGUGCAGCAGAUGAUUCUGUCCCAUCUUGAUUGAGUAAUUAUA